CGAGGAAGGAGCGUUGACGGUGUGAUUGCUUAACCUUCUCCCUUUGUUGUCCAAGCAAGGGCGAGAGGAAAGAGAUGAGAUAUAAGUGCACAAGUAUCCCUCCGAUGGGGGAUGCUCAAGAUUUCUUGUGCACUAUCACAUCGUCGUUCUAAGCUUGCUAGCUGCCCAGACUACGGAAAUGAACCAAACAUUUGAGAAAGACCCUCAUGGCAAACAGUUGCCAGCAGACGUGACAGACGGCACAGUGGAAGAGACUUCGCUUGAAGAUGAGGAUGAUGCAGUCCUUCGAGCAAAUGGCCAUGAGGCAGUCAUGCCCAGGCAGUUCAACUGGAUCUCUGCUUUAGGCCUGGGGUUUUCGAUCACCAACUCAUGGAUCGGUUAUCUUAGCAAUUUUGGACAAAACCUGAGCUAUGUCGGUGUGCUAGGCUGUAUAGUUUGCCUAGUGCUCGGGUGGGCGAUUCAGCUUGUCAUCACCCUGGGACUCGCUGAAUUGGCGUCAGCAUUCCCCUCUAGCGGAGGUCAAUACCACUUCUGUUACAUUCUCAGUUCCAAGAGUACCCGAAAGUAUAAUGCUUACAUCGUGGGCUGGCUCUCAGUGUUAGCCUGGUGGUCGGCAACAUGCUCAGGUAUCUCACUUGGCGCGAUUUUAAUCCAGGGGAUUGUGUCUUACUAUAUCCCGGGUUAUGAGGCAACUCAAUGGCGUACUUACUUGAUCUUCCUUGCAAUCGCAGUCUCAACCCUGAUCCCGCUGUUUGUGUCACCGACUAAGAUGUCAUGGGUGACGCAGUUGACGCUCUUUCUAACCUUGGCCGGGUACCUUGUUUAUCUCAUCACCGCUCUAGGAAUGCACGACCACGUACAGGGUAAGUCAUUUGCAGUGGCAUCGAAUGAGGCAAACAGCGGGUGGAACAGUGGUGCGGCCUGGUUGCUUGCCAUAAGCAAUGCCAUGUAUGCAUUUGCUUCCGCAGACGGCGCCAUACACAUCUCUGAGGAGAUACCACGACCAGGGCGACGUGUCCCGCAAAUCAUGAUUAUGACAGAAGUCAUUGGUAUCGUAACCAGCCUUACGAUGAUUGUGGUUCUUCUGUACUUUGGCCAUGAUUAUGAAGCCAUCCGAGACUCUCCACUUCCCAGUCUCGAAUUGGUUUCUCAAGUGACUGGAAGUCGAAACGCCACCCUCGGUCUACUCAUUUUGCUUUGGGCAAUCUAUGCUUCAUGUAUACCACCGCAGUGGGUGACCUCUGGUCGGAUUGCCUGGGCACUGGCUCGCGAUGGCGGCACACCCUUUCCAGAAUAUUUUACCAAAAUCAGCCCGAAACUUGACUUCCCCGUGCGUACUACGCUUGCUUCCUUCGGGUUCUGCUCCAUCUACGGCCUCCUCUACCUCGCGUCCACCACGGCUUUCAACUCGACCAUUAAUGCCGCCGUCCUCUUCCUCAAUUUGACAUACAUUAUUCCCCAAGGGUUGCUUCUGUUACGAGGUCGGUCAUAUCUUCCAAAGCGAUAUUUCGAUCUCUCCUGGGUUGGCUAUAUUUGCAAUAUCUUCUCGGUGAUCUGGCUAUUUUUCCAAGUUGCCUUGAACUGCAUGCCCCCGCACCUUCCUGUCACUUUGCAGUCUAUGAACUAUAACUCGGUGGUACUGACCGGUGUCUUUGUGAUUGUGAAUGUUCUUUGGUUUGUUGCUGGCAGGCAUACUUUCCAAGGACCCCAGAUUGACGCGCAUGCGCUGCGCCUGGGAGGGCUUUGAGCGGGGGUGGAAAGCGAGCUGAUCGCGUCGCUGAUACCAGCUCUGUGGCUGCGCGUGGCGCGCACACUAAGCCAGCC